ACCCGGGACUUCUAAAUACCGUGACUAAUGUAUACGACACAUCAAAAUGGAGGACAUUGUUAUUGUUUAUUUUCAUAAACAAAGUUGAUAAUUUUUAACGUAAAAAAAAUGACUUCUUUCGUGAUAUUUUUGUUAUACCUCUUAAAGGUAAAAUGCAGUGUGAUGGCGUCUAUACUUUUCUGUAUAAUAUUUGGGAUUAUUACAUCGCCAGCUGUUAAAUCAGCGAAUGGAGAAUUUCAUCAUCAAGAGGCAGAGAUAUCUAAACACCUGAGCAUUCAUGAUCCUGUAUUAUUUGUGUCUACUUUGAGUGGGAGCUUUUAUGCAAUUAGUCGCAGCACAGGCCAAAUUAUGUGGUCACUGAAGGAAGAUCCAGUUUUAAGAGUCCCAUUAGAUUUUUCUUCUGGGCCCAGCUUCCUGCCAGAUCCAAGGGAUGGAAGCCUGUAUGCCAUCAGUGCAAACCGUGAGCCCAUUAAAAAAUUGCCAUUUACAAUACCUGAACUUGUUACAGCUGCUCCUUGUAAAAGUUCUGAGGGCAUAUUUUAUACAGGCUCUAAAAGGGAUAUAUGGCUUGCCAUAGACACGACAACAGGUGCCAAAGUCCAGACUUUUUCUUCAGAAGGUGCACAAAAAGUUUGUCCCACUUCCAAUGAUAAUCUUCUUUACAUAGGCAGAACAGAAUACUCCAUCACAAUGUUUGAUGGAAAAACUGGAACUAGAAGCUGGAAUGCAACCUAUAUGGAUUACUCUUCACAUGUGGCACCAGAUGUCAGUGAUUAUGAGAUGAGACACUUUGUUUCAAGCUCAUCAGGAACAGCAGUGACGUUAGACAGUAAAACAGGUGAACUGUCUUGGCAAAGAGAGUUUGACUCCCCAGUUGUUGCUAUGUAUCAGAUGCACCAUGAAGGACUCCAGCGAGUCCCCUUUGCAAGCUUUGCUGCUGAAACUCUAGAUCACCUGACUGGUCAACUAUCCUCAACACAGUGGAAGAAACGAUUUAUGAAUUUGAAGACUUUUUACCUGAAGCUGUAUAUUGGUGAGUCCCAACAUGGAGCUUACGCUUUAAUUACAUUAGUGGAUGAGAACACAGUCACUAUUACAGCCAGAACUCCAAAAGUUCUUCAAAUUGAGGGACCUGAAAGUAAAGAUGAAAGGGAGGUGGAGCCAGAGUUUGAUUGGCACACAAGAGAGCUUGACCCGAACUCUCACAUUGAGCUGAUAAAGGCUACAACAGUUCGCAGGGGUGGUGCUGUACUUAUGAUAGGCUACCAUGAAUUGCCAGACAAGUCUGUAUCUCGGCUAUCUCCAGCAUACCAACUACCAGAUAAAAGUCACCAGAACGUCAUCUCUGCCAACAACAGUACAAAGACAUCUCAGGAAUAUGUGAUUUGGACUUACGUCAAAGAAGGCUACCAAUUCAUUAUCAUUGUCACACUUUUUGUGGCCAUACUAAUAGUCCUGUAUAGAUUACCCAAGAACAAUCAGCAGUCAUUCAAGACUAUUCUAGAACAGUUGGAACAAGCUGGCAUCAACACAAACAAACCAAGCUCUGACUCAUCUACCACUAAUGUAUCUAGUGGUAUAACAAAAGUUGGUCAGAUUAUCUACAACAGUAAACAAGUGUUGGGUCAUGGAUGUGAAGGCACAUUUGUAUUCAGUGGUCAGUUUGAUAACCGCAAUGUGGCAGUCAAGCGCUUGUUACCAGAAUGUUUCAGUUUUGCAGACAGAGAGGUUGAGCUGCUCCGUGAAUCAGACCAGCAUCCUAAUGUCAUUCGAUACUACUGCAUGGAGUCUGACAGUCAGUUUCGUUACAUUGCCUUAGAACUAUGUGCAGCAACUGUCCAAGACUACAUUGAAAAGAAAUACAUUCCACCAGUUCCUCUCCAGGCAAUAGAUAUUCUGAAACAAGCAAUGUCUGGUAUUGCUCAUCUACAUUCCCUAAACAUAGUUCAUCGAGAUAUUAAGCCACACAAUGUGCUCAUCUCACAACCUAAUGCCAAAAAUGAAGUUCGUGUUAUGAUAUCAGACUUUGGUCUGUGCAAGAAACUUGCAGCAGACAGAUAUUCUUUCUCACGAAGGUCUGGAGCUGCAGGAACAGAUGGAUGGAUCGCACCAGAAAUGCUCAUUUCACAUGAGAGAACUACCUAUGCUGUAGACAUUUUCUCCUCUGGCUGUGUAUUUUACUAUGUACUGACUCAAGGUGGACAUCCAUUUGGCAACAGCUUAAGACGUCAAGCUAAUAUACUGAAUGGUGAUUAUAAUCUACAGCAUUUACAGGGGGAUGAUAAUUUUGUGGCCCGAAAGUUGAUAGAGAAAAUGAUUUCUUCUAAUCCUGAUGAACGUCCUGUAGCAGGAGCAGUUCUUAAGCAUCCAUUUUUUUGGUCAAGAGAAACUCAGCUGGCUUUCUUUCAAGAUGUCAGUGAUCGAUUGGAGAAAGAAGAUGAGGAAUGUGAAGUUGUAUGUCGACUGGAGUGUAAUGGACUUCCUGUGAUAAAAGAAGACUGGCGGCAAGUGAUUAGCCUUGAAUUACAAGAAGAUCUUCGCAAAUUUCGUACAUACAGAGGAGAUUCUGUGAGAGAUCUAUUAAGAGCUUUGAGAAAUAAGAAACACCAUUAUCGCCAACUCCCUGACCCUGUUAAGCAGAGUCUAGGGGCAGUUCCAGAUGAGUUUGUCUAUUACUUCACCAGCCGUUUUCCGAGGCUUCUGCUUCACACAUAUGCCGCUGUUGAAUGUUGCAAGCAUGAGCGACUGAUGUCACCCUACUACUACUUAGGCUCCCAUGGACAAAUCCAUCGUGCAGUUGAGGACAAUUUUACCUCUGAUCUAGACUCAGAUGAAAAUUUCCCUGAUGGAGGUGAUGUAGAUAUAGUAGAGACCAAUUCUCUUGAGAAAUAUACUGAUAGGUUUGAUAAGAAGCAGUUUCAUGAGAAAUAUACUGAUAGGUUUGGUAAGGAGAAUAAAUCUAUAAGAUUUCAUCAGGAUGGCCCUCCUAAUCACCAGACCAACAGAAUUGAUAAUGAAGCAUUGUUGAACAUGACUGACUUUGAUCACAACAAUAUGGAAACAUCUACGUUGUUACAAUCUAAUCAUCUCAUUCCUCAUGCUCCAUUAGAUCUUAUGGUUAAAGACCAGACUAUACCACAGCCUAAUCAAACUUCAACACAGCCGACUCAGUUUUCACCACAGCCUAAUCAGACUUCACCACAGCCUACUCAGUUUUCACCACAGCCUAAUCAGACUUCAUCUCAGCCUAAUGAGUCUCCUUUAAAAACUCAUAAACAACAGGCUAAGUUUCACUAUAACCCCCAUUUCAGAAGAAGGAAAGGAGGAAACAAAUCACAAGCAGCGUUCACAGCACAGACUUAACCAACUGUCCUUACAGUUUUUGGAAACCCAUUGUUUUAUCCAGUAUAUUUCUUUGUGUGUGAUGUAGAUAUGUUCUUUGUGAGCUAUUGUCUACAUCAUCCAGCAAGAGGACUGACUUCCCAGACAGGGAUAAAGGUAAAAUGUUUUAUCAGAUUGACAUUGUUUCAAUACAAUAUUGCCAUUAUGCUCAUUUUUACAUUUAUACAAUUUUUUAGAUUUGAUUUCUUGGUGAGGAUGUCAACAAAUCAAAUAUCAUUCAACUAUAUGGAUCCAUGUCUUUCUGUUCCUGUACAUACCUGUACCACAUUCAUGCUAUUGUAUAAAGCCAAAAUUAAAAAAGUUUAUUCUCUUCCCUACUUUUUGAAGCCUGAAAUCUACCUCACCCCCUUCCUUCAGUGAUCACAAAAUAUUGAUAGCAGAAUUCCAAACUAGUGUUUAAAAAAAAAGGGGGGAAUUAUCUCAGUGAUUCCAAACUACCUUUAAGUCAGGGUGCUCUUCCUGUCCUAUAAAAGAUUUUCUUCAAAAACAAAAAAAAUGUCUAAAAUUACUAUGUCCUACAUGUACUGUGUGUUCAUAUUAUCUUCUGUCUUGAGUUUUCUUGUUAAUUCAGACAACUCAUUCAAUUUGGUCUAAUGACACUAAGAAAGAAUACAAGUAUGAACUCCUAAAAUCAGCAUGGUCUUUCCAUUCUCUUUAGGGUUUUUUUUUUUUUUUUUUUUUUCCAAAAUCAUAUUUCUGCCUCCUAAAAGUAUACUACAAGCAUAUAUAUAGUUAGUUUCAAGCAAUUAUGAGCCACUUUUGUCUGAGAGAUAAAGCACAGAUAUUGGAGUCUUGUGGUUUAGUCUGUAAACAUAAUGAUGGGCAAUCCAUUUUCCUUUUCUGUGACCUUGUUCUAAACUACUACUAAUACUAUUGUUAAGAUUAAAGUGAAUGGCAUUAGCCUUGAUUUUCCCUGGUAGAGCUGAUUGCUUCUGGCUGUUAUGCAUUGAACAUUCCAAAUAAAUACCUGAUAUCAGGCCUUUUUACAUCUAAAUGUAUAUUAUUGGACUAUUUAAUCUUUAGUUAACAAUAGCCUUAAGUCUCCUCCAAGAUACUAUGUACAGCAUGGGCGUAGCCAUGAUUUUUUUUCAGGGAUUUUUUUUUCAAAAUCCUAAUGUGCUAUUCUUACUGACUUAGAUCCUCCUGCGCCGUUCGGCGCAUUGGGCGGCAAGCUGUUUCCACAAAUAUCUGUCACUGAUAAUGUCUGAAACCUCUUCCCACCUGCUCUGAGGACCUCCAUGAAAGUGUGGCGCCAAGUUUUACUAGGAUGUCAUCGCAACUCUCAUUAUGCCUUUAGUAAUUCAUUUUGUCGGAGAACAUGUACCGCAAACCUCAUGCGACGCUCUGUCACUUACUAAGGGGUUUGGCAUAGGAUUUCCUUUAUUGAGACCCGAUCUCUAUAACUGACUCCGUAUAAGCCUUCUUUGUUGAGCCACAUUUAGUGAUUUUCAAUUUCGGCAGAUGACUAUUCAUUUCACUUUAUUAAUGGAGCCAUUGGUAGAAAUGUGUAACCUCUAUUGACUAUGCUCUUGGAAUUAGCUGACUGUAGUUUGCUUUAGAUUUUAUAUCGAAAACGGAAGUUUUAUCAUCAGUCAUCUGUUGGGUGGGUGUUUAACUAAGUUAAAUUUUUUUUUUUUUAAAAUUCAAAACUCCAUUUAGCUAUGCUCAUAGAAUUUGGUGAAUGUACUUUGCUUUAGAAUAAUAUUGAAGAGAUAGGUUUUCAACCUCAAAACUUUCUGUAGGGGGACUUUAAACUCAAAACCUUCUGGAGGGGGUUUUGAACUUAAAAAAAGGCCAUCUGGAGGAGAGAGGUUUAAACUCAAAACCCCCUAUGGCUACACUUAUAGAAUUUUUAGUGUGUAAUUUGCUUUUUUAUAUUAAAGAGGGUGUUUUAUCGUAAAUUUCGGAGGGGGUUUUAAAAUCAAAAUCUUCCUUAGCUGUGCUCUUGGAAUUUGGGGAUAGUCGUUUGCAUUUUUUUUUGUUUUGUUUUAUAGAAGAGGGGGUUUUAAACUCAAAACCCCCUUGGCUGUACUGAGGCAAGUGAUGGUCUAGUAUUAAAAUCUCACCUAAAAUAAACAAAAUUAAAGCAAAAAAUCAGUCACUAAAUUCGGGGGGGGGGGGGGGGGGGGGGAAUUGAACCCCCCUCAACCUGGCUACGCCUAUGAUGUACAGUGGCAGGGGUACUUAGGUUGUCAAGCCUAAUCUAAAUUUAGGAAAUAGCCUGGAUUUAUUAUGUUGUUGUUUUAAGGGUUAACAUUUACGUAGUUGUAGCCUGGACAUUUAUGCCAGUUAAGAAGCAACCAAACUAUAAAUCUGAACAUAGGAUUCCUUUGAUCUAAGGCUGAACAGUGAAGCAAGUUGAAGUCUACACUUUAGACUGCCAUCAUAACUUGUCAACCUUUAUGUAGGCCUACAUGUAUCAUGACUUUGUUGCACUCUUUGUUUUCAAGGGUAUUUUGUGUCAUGUUUCAAUAUAAAUUCAUAAUUUAUUUAUUUAUAUUUUUUGUUGUUGAUUUUAUGGAGGACUACAUCUAUACACAUUUUAAUACAUUUAUAAAUCAACCAAUUACCACUAAAUAGAAAUGUAUUCAUUUCAACAUUAUGACCCCCCCCCCCUUUCAAAAUAUUGGCAUUUUAAUCUUUGUUGAUGUAAAGAUCUAUUUCUUUUUUAAUGUACUUUAGCAAAUACAUUUUCAAGACCCUCUUCUAUCUUCUGUAAAAAUUUUAAAAUGCAAAUCAAAUUAUUUUCCUUUAUAUAGCUUAAAAAAAUGAUUUUCUUAGACGAAAAUGUACAUGUUGAGUUAUUCUUGUUGUAGCAUAUUUUCUAAAGAUUCCCCCCCCAUUCCAAUACAAAACAAUUGAAAAUGAAUGGCUGGUAUUUUGUGCAAUGUUUAUCUAUUUUUAAAAAUUCAAUGUAAAAUAUUUAUAUUGAUUGUGCCUUUUAUCUUCUUACUAAUAUUAAUGUUUCAUAUUUAUCAGUGGAGUUAGCUGAGCUAACCUUCAGAUGGUCAGGCACCAUUACAAGUUAAUGAAAUGAUUCUUAGCUUCUACAUUUGCUGUGACAAAAAUUGUUCUUUUUAUGUCCUCUCACAUUGUUACAUUUUCUUUUUAACAAAACUAGUUUUUAAGUGUCAUUUUGGUUUAUUGAAGUAUCUAUAUUAUAAAGUGUAUACAUUGUAAAUAAAAAAUUAAGGCUGA